GGUCUAAUCUUCACCUAAGCCACAAUUAUAGACAAACACAAUCUGCCUAAGCUAAUAACAUACAAACUAUUGUACUUUUUAUUUCUUUAUUGAACGUAGUGUUUAAUCAUUCACAGCCCAAGCUGGAAAAAGUGUGAAUUUAAUAACUGGUAGAACCUCCUUCAGUAGCAAUAACCUCUACCAAAUGUUUCUUGUGAUCAGACUGGCACGACGGCGAGAAGGAAUUUUAGACCAUUCCUCUAUACAACACUGUUUCAGUUCAUCAAUAUUUCUGGGAUACCUUGCAUGAACAACCCCUUUUGGGUCAUGCCAUGGCAUGGCAAGUGGGUUAAGGUCUGGACUCUGACCUGGCCAUUCCAAAACAAUAAUUUUCUUCUACUCAAAAUCAUUUUGGUGUUGAUUUACUCUUGUGUUUCGUAUCAUUGUCUUAUUGCAUAAUCCAACUUCUAUUAAACUUCAGGUAACCGACUGCUAGGCUGACAUUUUCCUGUAAAAUAUCUUGAUACAAAUUUGAAUUAAUUGUUCCCUCAACAACUGCAAGCUGUCCAGGCCCUGAGGCAGCAAAGCAGAUCCAAAGCAUAAUCCUCCUUCCAUCAUGCUUCACAGUUGGGAUGAGGUUUUGGUGUUGGUGUGCAGUGCCCUUUUUCCUCUGAACAUAGUGGUGUGCAUUUCUGUCAAAAAGUUAAAAUUGUCUCAUCUGUCCACAGAACAUUGUCCCAGAAGCAUUGUCGUGGUUUUUUGCAAACUUGAGACUUGGGGAGCUGUGGUGUCCUUCCAUGAACACCAUUUAUGUUCAUUGUUUUUCUUACAGUGGAGACAUGAACAGAUACUUUAGCAAAUUCUAGAGAUUUCUGCAGGUUUCUUGCUGUUACCCUUGGGUUCUUAAUCACCUCCUUCAGUAUUGCACGUUGUGAUCGUGGUGUGAUCUUUCCAGGAUGCCCACUCCUAGGGAGAGUAGCAACAGUACUAAAUUUCCUCCAUUUCUAGACAAUUUCUAUUUCUGUGGACCGAUGAACACUCGGGUAUUUAGAAAUGCUUUUGUAGCCUUUUUCAGUUCUAAGCACUUGUACAAUUCUUCUUCUAAUGUCCUCUGAAGGUUGUUUCGAUCGAGGUAUGGUGCAGAUAAAUAAAUCUUUCUGGAGAAGAAGAGCAGGCUCAAGUCAGUAACCAUUGUUCGUCUUUUUAUAGGGCAGGGCACCUCUACAACCCACACUUCCAAUCUCACCUCAUGGAUUGGAACACCUGAUUCCAAAUAGCUUUUGUAGAAGGCAUUACCCCGGAGGUUUACAUACUUCUUUCAAAAGAUACAUGUAAUAUUGAAUGAUUUUCCUCAAUAAAUAAAUGAACAAUCAUAAUAUUUGUUAUUUAUUUAAUUGGUUUCUCUUUAUCUGGUUUGCGAGAUCAUGUUUUAGGUCAUAUGCGGAAAUAGAGAAAAUUCUACAGGGUUCACAAACUUUCUAGCACCACUUUACGUUAAAUCAUUGUAGGAGAGUGCUGUCUAAUUUUGUUGGAGCAAGAUCUCCGUAUUUAGUGACCUCGUAUGAACACAAUUGACAUGCAGGCAUCUUCUAGUCAGGACUUGCGUGGAAACAAGUUAUCCUCAGCCCGAGAGACUGCCAAAAGGGACCUCCCCUUUAAAAACCGGUCAUCUCCUUCCCUUUAAGAGGGCAGAGCCGACGUUAUGAGACGAUCACGUGGUGGAGCUGGCAUGGCGGCGGCCAUCGGGGUUCGGCGGUGCCUCGGAAUGGCUGUGAGGGCCGCCCGUUGGUGCUCGUCCCAGCGGCCGGAGUCGCGGUUCUGCUUGGCUCUACAUCAAGCCUUCCACCUCCAGCUGAGUGAGUUCCACGGAAAGGCGGACCAUACAGAUGUCUGUCAGCGUGAGGAUUCAGAUCAGAAACCAGAGAGUUCAGCAGAUGUAGUAAAUGUAACUUUCAUCGACCGAUCGGGGCGGAGAGUACCUGUGAGGGGGAAAGUAGGAGACAAUAUCCUCUACUUAGCACAAAAUCACGGGAUUGAUCUGGAAGGUGCUUGUGAAGCUUCAUUGGCAUGUUCUACUUGCCACGUCUAUGUAGAUGAAGAGCAUUUCGAUAAACUCCCUGAACCAGUUGAAAGGAUACUGAUGGACUUUAACGCUGUACCAUUGAGAGCAUAUUCACCAACUGCAUCUCAAUGUGGUAUGGCAAUUGUCCCGUAUCGGACCGCAAAGCACUCCAGCAGGUGGUGAAAACUGCCCAGCGGAUUAUCGGCACCUAAUUGCCCACCUUUGAGAACGUCUACCAUAAACACUGCCUGGGCAGGGCGAAAAGCAUUAUCAAGGGUGCAUCUCACCCUAACCAUGGACUUUUUACUCUCCUCCCAUCCGGUAGGCACUACAGGAUCCUCCGCUCCCGCACCAGCAGGCUCAGGAAGAGCUUCUUCCCUGAGUCUGUGACCCUGCUGAACCUCACAUCACAGCGCUAAGCAGUAUUGCUCCCAUAUUGGACUGUCUCAGUACUUUUAAAUUUGUGUGCUGUGGCACUUACUUUUUAUUCACAAUUAUUUUGUAAAUAACACUAUUCUUUUGCAUUUCUGGUUAGAUGCUAGUUCAUUUCACUGGCUUUGUAUCUGUACUCGGCACAACAACGAUAAAGUUUAAUCUGAUCAAUAAACAUGUUGAUUAACAGUAGUGAAGGAGACAUGUACAUACUAAAAGGCCUGGAUAGAGUGGAUGUGGGGAAGAUGUUUCCGUUAGUAGCAGGGUCUAGGAACUGAGGGCACAGACUCAGAAUCAAGUGAACGUCCCUUUAAAACUGAGGUGAAGAGGAAUUUCUUCAGCCUGAGAGUGGAGAAUCUGUUGAAUUCAUUGCCACUGAGGGCUGUGGAGGCCAAGCCAUUGUGUGUAUUUAAGACAGAGAUUGAUGAGUUCUUAAUUCAUGAGGGAGUUGAUGGGAGAAUGAGGUUGUAAAGAAAAUAAGUUUUGUUUCAAUGGCAGAGCAGGCCUGAUGGGCUGGAAGGGUUAAUUCUGCUCCUGUAUCUUGUGAUCGAAAAGCUGGGAAAGAGUUAUUUGACAAUAAGUUGAUUUACCAGUAAUGGAGAACAUAAGCUCAAUUUAAAAUAAUUUGGAGGUAAAUCAAAGCUGGUGUGUGUUUCUGCUAAAGCAAGAAAACAUCACUACUGCCUAGUGCAUCCUCUUUGCUUUCAGUACAAAGAAACGAGAUCGAGUUCCUCUGAGUUAUACUUCCAGUAUGAAUUGAUUAGGGGAACGUGCAGGAUCUUCUGUGGAUGAGAACAUUCCUCCAGGUGUCAGGACCAGGAUCUAUAGCAUUCUUAAGGGCAAAAGCUGAACAGCCAAAGGUUGUGAUCCUCUUUGGUAUCAAUAACAUAGACAGGAAUGGUGGCGAGGUCCUGUAAAGUGAGUUCAGGGAGUUGAUUGCUAGGUUAAAGGAUAAACCCUCCAGGAUGGUGAUCUCGGGAUUGCUACCCAUGCCACGCGCUAGUGAGGCUAGAGAUAGGAAGAUAAUAUAGCUUAACACGUGCCUAAAGAAAUGAUGCAGGAGCAAGACCUUCAGGUUUUUGUAUCAUCGGGCUCCCUUCCAGGAAAGGAGGGGUGGUGACCGGUAUCCUUGGUGGAAGGCUUGUUAGUGGGGUUGAGCUAGAGUUGCAAGGGUGAUGGGAAGAGACGAAGACACAAAGAAUUCUGCAGGAAGAAUGUAAUUAAAAUGUGGUGAUGAAUCGGUCAGUUUCUCAGAGGGGAGGAAGUUACGGCAAAAUGCCUCCAAAAUAUGGUCACAGAUAAUUUGUGACAGUUUGACAUAUGCACCAGAGUUUGCAAAGAGGAAAGACAUUGAAAUUAAUGUGUU